AUAGAUAUAAAUCCACUAGCUGAUAUUUGCCAACGAUUAUCGAGGUCUUUGCCCUGAUGACUUCACAGUCAAUACCGCUAUCGCACGUCCGCGUGUCUGUGCGAUUAGAAAGAAAUACAAACUAAAACUGGGUCCACCAGGGUCGGUUACCGGACCGCUUUUGAGUGGAGUGCAAACAAGAGGGUGUUUAUUUACCACCAGACUACCCGACUGAACCCAACAAUUAGGUCCCACAAGAGCAGUUGGUCUUUGCUCAAGCUGCCAAUUGUCCGAUCCAACACUGUUCUAUUGAUACCGACUAUAACACUAGCCUGCUCGAUAUCUUUUAUGAUUGCCAUAAAACAUACCCUCCCUGUAGUAAAGUUCAAGUCGGCAUCCAUGUUCCCGUUGAAUGUUGUGAAGAAGUCUCUGCGCGGGUUUUGGAACAUGUCAAGCGGAAGUAAGAAGAAAUUGGACCGGUUGAAAGUGGCGGUCUUGGGACGGUCGGGUUCUGGGAAGACCGCUCUUACUGUACGGUUUCUGACGAGACGAUUCAUUGGUGAUUACGAAAGGAACAAAGAGAACACGUACCAGCAGGAUGUUGAUAUAGACGGAGCGUGGAUCAACCUGGAAAUAUUGGAUACCAGACUAGACAUCCAGGACUGUUUGGAGGUCGACGCCUCGUUCGAGCGCACGGUGAAAUGGGCCGACGCCUUCAUCAUCGUUUACGACGUAACCGACGCCAAGAGCCUCCGCGCCGUACCUCACAUCAAAGCCGCUAUCGACCAGGUCCGGCGAUCCAAAGCCCCUCCGGUGGUAGCCAUCUUAGUGGGCAACAAGGUGGACCUGGUGCAGUCCCGUGUGGUGACUUACAACGAGGGCCUGGAUCUGGCCACACUCCUCAGCCUACCGUUCUUCGAGGUCUCGGUCCGGGAGAGCUACGAGGACGUCGUGGGGCUUUUCUCGGCUCUGUCCCGGGAGGUCCGGACGGUGAUGACGGCGACGACAAAGCCCAGCAUGUUUAGGGGCUUACGCGAACGAUCUAAGAAGAAGGGACGGUUCGCCAUGCUGACUAGACAACGGAGUGUAUCCAUGUGACUUGAUUGAGUUAAACUUGAGAGGUCAUAUCUUGGUCAGCCUAGCCAUAUAAUUGAGUAUUUACAUUUUUUAUCAUAGAUAAAAUCUAAAGCCGAUUGCAAACUCGAUAUUUUCACGGUGAGACCUCCCAUUUUCUGUCAUGAACUUCACUCGUAAUGUCGACCCUAUGAGAUAUAUUUUUUCUCAGUUAUUUUUGGCGAAGUCUCAAAGUCAGUCAACGUUAAAGACUGAAUGAACUAAAUGACUUCAUGAAGUUAUUCGGCUUCGGGAGAGGCGGGAGGCAGCUCCCCGCCUGUCGCCUGCGUGCCACCCUGCUUCGCGGGUGAUCAACUCCUGAACGAUCAUCUGGUGAACGAUCAUUUAGUGAACACACACAAAUAUACACGUUUGUUUAUGAUGUAAGUCGAGGACUUCCUAUAGGGUUUAUUCACGAGUCGGCCAUGUUCAAUUCAAAGCGAGGUAAAAUCUUCUUUUUUGGAGCUUGCGAACAGAAAUGAAAGCAGUGAAAUUAAUUAGUUAAUUACACAUUAAUACCAGUCUACUCUGAUUUUGUUCACACAGCUCCCAUUGGUUUUGUAC